CAUGACCCCUCGAGAACAAAAACAUGUCCAGUCUUUCUAUAUCUGUAGUCACUGAUUACAAUUAGCACAUGAGUUAUAUUAGGUUAUAUUAACAACCUUAAAGUUUAAGGAAAUCUUAAGACUGAAUUUAAGUGCAUUGUAUUGUACUGUACAAAUAUCUUUCAGUUGCAAAUUUUUAUAAUACCAGUCAACAUGGAUGAUCCAUUAGAUGAUAAACGAUUUGCACACAUUGCAAAGGAUCCUAAAUUUAAAAGGAUCCCAAAAACAGAAAGAAAAGUGCAAAUAGAUAAAAGAUUUCAGAGUAUGUUUAAAGACAAAAGAUUUCAGGUCCAUUAUGCCAUUGAUAAACGAGGUAGACCUAUAGGUCAAACAUCUUCAGAAAACCUGAAGAAGUAUUAUGAUUUACCUACAAGUGAAGAAGAAGAUGAUGAAGAUGAAGAAGAAGAAAAGAGUAAGAAACUAAAACAAUCAUUGGAAAAGGGCAAAUCUAAGAAACUGAAACAGAAAAAGAAUAAAAAACACAAUGUAAUUAAGUCUGAAGAAAAUAAUACAGAGAAUGACAUAAAUAAUGAUGAUCAAGAUGGUGAUGAGAUAUCAGAUAAUUGUUCCUCAAGCAAGGGAGAAUUGCUUCGUGUUAAAUCAAAAGAAGAAGAUCAUACAGAUUCUAAAGAACAUAAUGAAUCUGAAUCUGAAUCUGAUGCAGACAACAUAAAUGUAGACAGCUUAAAGGCUGAUUUAAAAGAAAGUAAAAAACAAUUACAGAUUAGAGAAAAACAUGAGUCUAAUAAACUCACUGACAGAGUUAAAGAGAAGCUAAAAGAUUUAAGUGUAAACUAUGCUAGGGGUGAAGGAGUUUUAUUGACAGAUAGUUCUUCUGAUGAAGAAAGUUCAGAUCUUUCUGAUGAGGAAGAGAUUGAACACAAUUGGGGAGAAUUAGACAAAGAGGCUGAAACAACAAAUGAGAUUACACAUAGGUUAGCAGUUUGCAACAUGGAUUGGGAUAGAGUACAUGCUGUAGAUUUAAUGGUUUUAUUCAAUUCAUUCUUACCUAGUGGAGGUUUCAUUCAGUCAGUCACGAUCUAUCCAUCAGAAUUUGGUAAGCAAAGGAUGAAAGAAGAAGAGAUCAAUGGUCCUAAAGAGUUAACAGAACUGAGCAAAGAAGGAGAUAUUGAAACUGAUGAUAAUGAUGAUGAUGAGAACGAAGAAGGAUCGACUUAUCAUAUGGAAAAAUUAAGACAGUAUCAAUUGAAUAGAUUAAAGUAUUAUUAUGCUGUUGCUGAGUUUGAUUCUGCUGAAACAGCAAACAAAAUUUAUACUGAAUGUGAUGGUACAGAGUAUGAAUCCACAUCAACAAGGUUGGAUCUUAGGUUUAUACCAGAUAACAUGGAAUUUGAUCAGACUCCCAAAGAAGUCUGUGAUAAGUUACCAGAGCUUUCAAAAUAUCAACCGAAACAAUUUACAACUACAGCGCUACAACAAGUUCAAGUACAGUUAACCUGGGAUGAGACAAAUCCCGAACGAAUAGAACUUACACAGAAAUUAAAUUCUGGAAAACUAGAUGAAAUCAAUAAAAAUGAUUUACAAGCUUAUUUAGCUACUGAUAGUGAUUCUGAUCCAGAAGAUAAAAAAGAGCAAAAGGAAUCUCAAGAAGAAAAAAGUGAUUCGGAAGCGGAAACAAAUGUUGAUGCGGUAGAAAAAUAUAAGGCUUUACUGAAAGAGAUUGAAGAGAAGGAAAAAGCAAAGCAAAAUAAAGACGUUGAGUUAGAAUUUACAUGGGGUUUAGGAACACAGGAGAAAGCUGAAAAGUUGGUACAAGAAAGACUAAAGAAAGAUGAAAAUCUAACGCCAUUUGAACAGUAUCUGGAAAAACGUAAGGCAAAGAAAAAAGCUAAACGAGAAGAACGAAAGAAACUUAGAAAUACAGAUGAAAAUGCAUCUACAAACUCGGAUGAUUCAGAUACAGAUAAUAGCAAAAAGGAAAUUAAAACUAAUAAAUCAGGUCAUAGAAGGACAAAAGACAUAAUGAAUGAUGGUUCAAAUUCAUCAGAUAAUGAUGAACGACGAAAAGCGGAGUUAGAACUUUUGUUAAUGGAUGAAAAUGAUGAUGGUAAACGGCACUUCAAUAUGAAGAAGAUUGAAGAAAACGCUACAAUGACAAAGUCUAAGCAAAAACGACUUAGUAAAAAGAAAAAUGCUCAAGACCAAACAGAGGAAGAUAACUUUGAAGUAAAUGUUCAAGAUUCACGAUUUCAUGCGCUAUUUACAUCACAUCACUUCAAUUUAGAUCCAGCAGAUCCGCAUUUUAGAAAAACGAAGGGUACAGAAGCCUUAAUAAAAGAAAAAUUAAAACGAAGAGCAGACAAUGAUCUAAACAAUGAAAUAGGAACGAAGGAGCCGAAAAUGCAACCUAAUACAGAAUUACAAACAUUAAUUAAAUCGGUAAAAAAGAAUGCUAAAAAUAUUUCGCGACCGAUAAAAUAAAUAAUUGUUAUAUGUUUGUACAGUUCUAGUUAAUACGGAUAUAUGUAAUCAUUAGAAAUAAAUACAAUGACUUCCUAA